GCAAUUUUUACAACAAUUUGAAAUGUUUGCUAAUGGUUGUUGGUCGCCAUCAUCAUCAUCAUCAUUAUCGCUGAAUCAAAAAUCAUCAACAUCAACAUUUAUUUGUCCACAAUGUAAUGAUCCAUUUACGAAUGAAAAUCAAUUACGUGAUCAUAUUGAUCUCGAACAUAUGCAGCAGCAACAUAAAUUUCCGCAUCCAUCAUCAUUAUCACCAUUAUUGUCGAAUAAUUCCGUUGGUUUUACCGCCGAACAUCACAAACGACAACAUAAACGUAAACGUUCACCAUCAAAUCAAUCAAUUUGUUCAACAAAUUCAUCAAAUAAUGGUGGUGCAAGUGCAAGUGCGAGUGUUGAUGAUGCAAAUAUUUUACCAAGUGAUUCAUCAAUUCAUGGUGAUAAUAGUGAUCAUCAUCAUCAACAACAUAAUCGACGUAAAUCUCCAACAUUCUAUGACCAUCAUCAAGAUGAUCAUCAUCAUAAAUCAACAGCAGCAACAACAACAACCACCUCGACGACAACAACAACAACAAAUUCAAAUCAACAACAACAACAAUUUCGUUUGGUAGUUGUGGUGCGGGUGGAAAUAGACAACAAUCACCGGGUUUAA